CUUCAAAACACUAAAAUGCAAACAGGCAAGUAUGUUUGUUUACACUGAAUGUGGAAUAAAAUAAACGAAAAACUAAGAAAUGGGGAUGCUUACAUUUAAAAAUGAACAGCGGCAAACGCUGAAUGAAUUAUAGGAAAUGAUGAUACGCUAAGAAUGUUUCGAGGAUGCAUAGUGUAAAUACAAGGGAAAAACGACGCUCAUAAUUGUGAGACUCUGGACGCUGUUUUUUAAUUCCAUUUUGAGCGCAUGAAAGCGCCAGCGUCUCUCUACAUACAUGAUUCUUGCAAAAUAGGGUUUCUUGUUUGCUGCAAUGGAUAUAGGGAUGAAAUGGGACGAAGUAAGUCGUGCAACUAUGACCGACAAGAAUCAAAGGUUUUUUAUCUACAGAUAGGAAAUUGAGGCUAUAUUCGUUGGCUGAGGUAUACUAGAGUAUCUUCUGUUCAUAUCAUGUUUGGUCUCAGAGAAAUUCACAUUCUCUCAAUUAUUACCAUACAAGACCUCCAAGUUAGAUCUGCAUCGUUUCUCUAUUGAUUUUUCUAUUGAAAACACACUCGCUCAACUGCCUGUUUAUAUUUACUAUUUACAUCUCUUAUGAGUAUACGGAAAAUGGCAAAAGUCGUUGUUACCAUUAACUUUAUAUUUCUAUAAAAGAAAGCACUAGUUCUUUAAGCGAAAGAACUUGGUUCGUUAAUUAUGAAUUGCAUUAGAAAUCCAUUCGUCUAUGCGAAAAGUACUUGUUGCUGUCCAUAAGGAUUGCAUCAGAGAAUAAAGACGCCAUUGCAUAUCAUAAAGACAUAUACCUGGAUUGGACGAAUGUAUUCAAAAAGAUUUGUUUUUAUUUUCGGUACUACCUAUACGUCUUGAAUGCGUAAGUGGCAAUCAUAGUGACACUUGCAAUACUUGAUGUCUCUUUCAUCAUUCUUGAUUCAAAAGCAAGUCAACAGCUCAAUUUGUGUUGUUGAAUUCAGAAAAGAUAUAGUGUGAGUGUGUUGAAUUUUGAACUUGAACUUGAAAUUGGUUUCCAGUUAUAUCCAAAGUUUACAUUUACCAAUUGUUACAUUCCCGUCGACAACUUUUGAAGUUAAUUACCAAGAAAAUCCAGUACAAUGGCUACUAUAUUAAGAAGCAUUAUGUCGAAUCGAUACGUCCGAUGGACAAAAGAAUACCCUGAAUUAUUUAUUACCUGGUGUGUCAUGACAUAUACCUUUGGAGUUGCUGGCUACAUGCUUGGACAACGAGGAUUGUUGACUGAACAUGAUAAACAAGUUCGCAUUCCGCGCGAUAACGCACAUCCUUGGGAGGACCCAAAUCAAGAUCAAGGAAGUCUCCUUUACAGUUACAAGUAUUUUCCUAGAGGAGACAGAUCCAAGGAACCAAAGAAGUCACCAGCUCCAAUCCAAUAUAGUACGGUGACUACCAAGGGGAUUCCUCAAGAACUUAUUGAACGGUUUUCCAAGUAGAAUGGGACGGUUAUGCAUGCUCGUGGUUUAUGACUUUUUCAUAAGUGAUCUUAGGUUAUAUUUUUUAUUUAUGAGUUUCUUUAUUUCACAUCGAAAUCUCUUUUAUGAAUUAAAAUGUAAUAAAUUGUUUUGAAGCGCGAUUGAACUUGCUUCUUUUUUUAAUGCAAA